GACCCUCAUACACAUUCAAACAUGUGCGGCAACAACAGGAGUGGUAGCUGCUGGUUGUUGCUCGUCCAGGAAGAGAUCUUUGGGGACCCUGAAGGCAUUGUGAGUGCAGACGAGACCAACUCCUACCAAGAGAAUAGAGAUGAGGAGACUCCCGACACUAGUGAGGAAGACAACGAAGAUGCUAAAAAUGAUGAGGAUGCCAAGCGUCUCGUGGCCGAAGAAGGUGCAGCCGAAGAGAACCAGUGGUUGAUCAGACGGGCGGAAGAGGAUCACGCCAAUGAUUGCCAAAUAGUUGAUGCGAAAAUACAAAUAAUUCCUGCGGACACGAAUUGUAGCCUUAGCAAACGACUUCGGUUUGGAAAAGGCAGAGCAAUCGGCGAGUUCGGCCCAAGGACGACUUUGGGAGAGGCCAUUCUUGAGGGAUUUGGAAAUGUGGGUGAUGAAGACGUGGAAGGCGAGGGUAGCGAUGGGUGAGUUUUGAAGGCCAAAAUCGAUUUCACAGAGGACAAAAACCUAGAUUCCCAAUUUUAAGCUUUGGAGUGGGUGAGUUUUUGGGGAAAUAAAAGGGCCAUGUCAGC